AUGGAGCCCGUGCCGCUGCAGGACUUCGUUAGCGCCCUGGACCCCGCCUCUCUCCCGCGAGUGCUGCGAGUCUGCUCGGGCGUCUACUUCCAGGGCUCCAUCUACGAGAUCUCUGGGAAUGAGUGCUGCCUCUCCACGGGGGACCUGAUGAAGGUCACCCAGGUUCGCCUCCAGAAGGUUGUCGGCGAGAACCCAGGGACAGGUCAGACCAUAGAGCUGGACCCCAGCUUCAAGGGCCACUUCAGUCCCCUCACCGGCCCCCAGACCUAUGGAACCCUGGAGGAACUGGUCUCUGCUAUAACCCAGAACUCCAAGCAGCUGCCCAUCUGGUUCAUGUCCACCUACAGAAUUGACACAAGGGCCAGGGUGGUCCCUGAAGAGCAGCCCCUCAUGCUUGAAGCGGUGGAAAUGUACCUUGGGACCCACGCCGCCCGCUGUGUGCUGAGCAUGGGGACCCAGGUGGUGGUCCUGCACCUGCCCCUGUCCACAAAGGGGCCCUUCUGGGAACUGGAGACUGGUGCCCCUCGGACCCUGCUGCAGACCCUACAGGACCCAGCCCUGAAGGGCCGCCUCCUCACCUGCCCCACCCUCCCCUGGCGCUCCUUGAUCCUGAGGCCUCAGUAUGAGAUCCAAGCCAUCAUGCACAUGCGCAGGACCAUUGUCAGCAUCCCUUCUACCCUGGAGGUUGACGUGGAAGAUGUUACAGCCUCCUCAGAACACAUCCACUUCAUCCAACCGCUGCUGCUGAGUGAGGUUCUGGCACGGGGAGGCCCCUUCCCCUUGACCACACAGAUCCUGGAAGUUCCGGAGGGGCCUCGGGUCUUCCUCAGCCCAUGGGUGGGCUCCUUACAAAAAGGCCAGGAGCUCUGCAUCCAUGGCCUGGCUUCGCCACCCUGGUGGGUCCUGGCCUCAACCAAGGGCCGGAAAGUGCCCAGAUACUUCAUGGUCUCUGGAGCCUACCAGGGGAAGCUGCGGCGACGGCCAAGAGAGUUCUCCACAGCCUACGACCUCCUGGGUGCUCUGCAGCCAGGCCAGCCACUCCGGGUGGUGGCCAUGAAGGACUGUGUGGGUGAGGAGGAGAUCCCUGGGUUCACUUCCCUGGCUAUGGGAGACAGGCUGGAGGUGUUGGGGUCUGGUCAGACCCAUGGGUCUCACGGCAGGGACGUAGACGUUUUGAUGUGUCAUCGGCUCAGUGACCAGGCUGGGGAAGAGGAGGCCGAAGAGUGUGAGGAGGCAGAGGACCAAGAACAGAUUGUGCUGCCCCUCUACUUCUCUGGCAGCUUUGUGGAGGAGAUGAGUGAUGGCCGGCGAUAUAGCCUGGCAGAUCUGACUGCCCAGUUCUCACUGCCCUGUGAGGUCAAGGUGGUGACCAAGGACACCAGGCACCCUGCUGACCCUCUGCCCUUAUUUCCGGGCCUACGGCUGGAGGAGAUAAUCACGGAACCCCUGCUGGUGGUCAGCCUGGACUCCAAGCCUGGUAUGUACUUCCAGAUCCCUCCCCGGUGGCUGGACCUGACUAUUGUGGAGGCCGAGGGGCAGCCAGGCCAGCCAGCCGGGCCCCUCCCCGUAGCCACAGUGGAGGAGCUGACAGAUGCCUUCUAUUAUCACCUUCGGAAGUUACCGGCCUUAGAGUGCCAAGGCCCCCCACCCCGGCCCCCAAAGCGUCAGGACCUCAGCGAGAAGAAACAGAGCAGCCAGGAGAGAAGCGUCAAGCCUUCUCAAGUCUCAGAACUGCAGCAACCCCCUCUGUUGCCAAAACUCAACAUGAAGACCCCGUCAAAGGUCACAGGAGAUAGAUCAAAUACCUACAGUAAGAUUCCUGUCCACAAAGGCCUCAGGCCCACUGAGUGCGACACACUGGAUCAUGAUCAAGAACAUGACUACGAAGAAGUAGUUGAGCGCUUCCGGAAAACCCUCUAGAUGCUGGAAGAACCAUGUGUCCUAACUGCUUCUUCUCAGGGAGUCCAGGACACCAGCCAACCAUGACAAGCCUUUAGAAGACCUUAAACAGUCUCAGAAAUCAGACUGCGGACAGGGAAUGGCUUUAUGGGACUAUCUGAAAGGGGAUGGACACUGCACUAGCUUCCCUCAGGUUCUAGGUUCCUGCCACUGAGGCUUGCUUGGGCUGAGCCCCUACCUUUGACAUCCUCAGACUCAAGAGCUUUGGAAUCCAGAAGAGCCAACUGAUUUCUACUCAAUCCUGAGUCCCCAACACCAAUUAUCCCACUGGUUGGUAAGAAAGAAAUCAAAGCCAUCAACCUUGGAGAUGGCAGCACAGUGGUUCCUGCCUCUUGGUAAAAGAGGACUCAAUCCUGAUACCCUGAACUGAGACUUUUGUUUGCCACCCCCUUGCCCCGCUUUCCGCUACACCCCCAGCCCCUGCGCCAAGACUUUAAGCUCCUGAGAGACCAGAUGGUCUUCCCCACCUCUGCAGCACCCAGCAUGCCAGUUGCAGGUGACUACCCAAGAUUAUCUCACUCAAAAACUGUAAAAUAAAAAUGAUACCCAAACUUCUGGAAAAAUGAAAAAUCAAGACCCUUUACAAACCUAUUUAUAUCCUCACUUUCUGAGGUAGACAAUAGCCCAAUUUUAAAAAUCAGGAAACAAGCUUGAGUGGUCAAGAGUUUCAGGAGGCUGACUAGUCACAAACCUGGGUUAGGAUCUCAGCCUACCACCUGUCAGCUGUGAUGGCAAGCAAGUUAUUUUAACCUAGAUUUAGUUUCUUCACAUGUAAAAUGAAACUAAGUUAUCUGCCUUGCAAGACUGUUUUAAGAAUCAAAUUAGAUAACCUUUGUAAAGCAUUUAACACAAUGCCUGGUACACAAUAAACACAUAUCACUAUUACUAACCAAGAUCAAACCUAUUUUCCUCCCAAAUGCCCCCAGAGUCUCCUACUCAUGGUACUGUCUCUGUUUACCUCAGCUUCCAAGGCU